ACUAUUUUCUUUUUAAUAGUACUACCACACGGAAAACAUUGCGCUGUUCAAUAAGAAACACAAGAAGGAAAAAAGUCUUUACUGCCAAACUGGAAGCUAGAAGCAGCUAAGACUGUUAGUUAGUUCAUGGCAACGGUAGUAAGCUUCGUACUCUGCGUAAUUAGCUUCUGUGCUAGCUUCAAGAAUCCCAGCAGCUGCAACUACUAUGAUCAAUCCAAGCUAGAGGCAGCAAACCAUAAGGCCUUGUUUGUAUUCGGUGACUCCCUUUUUGAUCCAGGAAACAACCAGUACCUCAAUGGUACUACUGAUGAAGGAACUUCAGCUACGUCUUGGCCUUAUGGUCAGACCUUCUUUAACCGCCCUACUGGGAGACUUUCCGAUGGUCGAAUAGUCCCCGAUUUCAUCGCCCAGUUUGCCAAGUUGCCUAUACUUCCACCUUAUUUGGAAUCUGGUGAUCAUCGGUUAACUGAUGGAGCUAACUUUGCUUCUGCUGGAGCCGGUGUUCUUGCUGGAACUCAUCCUGGAACAAUACAUAUAAGAAUGCAGCUAGAGUAUUUCAAGAACUUGAAGAUGUCACUAAGGCAGCAACUAGGUGAUGCAGAAGCAGAGAAGACCCUGAGAAGAGCUGUUUACUUGUUUAGUAUUGGAGGCAACGACUACUUCAGUUUUUAUUCCUCAAACCCUGAUGCCAAUGAAUCUGAUCAAAGAGCAUAUGUAGAAAUGGUGACUGGAAACUUGACAGUAGUACUCAAAGAAGUAUAUAACUUAGGAGCAAGAAAAAUCGCAUUUCAAAAUGCAGGGCCUUUGGGUUCUGUACCAGUAAUGAAAUCAAUGCAUCCAGAGGUUGGCAGCGGCUGCGCGGAAGAACCAUCAGCAUUAGCAAGGUUACACAAUGAUUAUCUAGCCAUUAGUCUGAAGAACUUAGAAAGCCAAUUGCCAGGCUUCAAAUAUGCAAUCUUUGAUUACUACAAUUCACUUGGCGAUAGAGUCAAUGAUCCCUCAAAAUAUGGUUGUCUCAUUUAUACAGGAUUUAAGGAGGGGAAGGUUGCCUGCUGUGGUAGUGGGACAUUUAGAGGAACUGGAUGUGGAAGAAGGGAUGGGAACGAAACAUAUGAGUUGUGCAGUAAACCAAGUGAGUAUGUGUGGUUUGAUGGUGCUCAUACAACUGAAAUGGCCAACAGACAGUUAGCUGAGCUACUCUGGAGUGGAGCACCAAGUAUCACAGGGCCUUAUAAUAUGGAACAGCUCUUUGGGCUUUCAUAGAUUUAGUUAGAGACACAUCUUUUUAUUCCUGUUGUUCCUCGAAAAUCUGCAGUUUGCUUAUCAGAUUUAGAUUCUGAUGGCAAUGUAGUGGAACUAAACACUUCCCCAAGUGGAUGAUGGAAAUUGGUUCUUUGGCAUGAACAGUUUCCAAUGGACUAAAUAGAAAUGGGUGGGAAAAUAUUAUUUUUA